AUGAGUGAAAGAACUGUUAUGCUGCAAAAUGAACUGCAAACAUUGGAAACUUCAAAACGUAGCCGAGCUUAUAUUUAUUUCACUUUGGGUUUCGUUUUGAGCACAAUUUUCGCCUUUAUUGCAUACGGUUUGAGUCAAGGAAUUUUCAAUUUAUUUAUGGAAGAAGAGCACGAAGUUUGUGAAAAACGAAUCAUUGGAUACUAUGAACUCAGUUCCACCCGAGAAGUCUCAGAACUUCAAUUAUCGAAAUUUACUCAUUUGGUUUUAUUUCUACUGGUUUUGCUGUCAUCUGGGAAACUUAAGUUUCGAAAUGAUGAAGAGAAUACAAACUUUUUGAAGACUAUUCAAAAGGCAAAAUUAUUCCAAUUAAAAUCAAUGUUUUCUGUUUGGGAUGAGAAUAAGAAUUACGAAGUUAUAGAAGGCGUUCUCGACGAUUCUAGGAAAACUUUAACUCUUAUAAACUCAAUAACUGAUUUCAUCGAAGAGCAUCAGCUUGAUGGAGUUGAGGUGUAUUGGAGGUGGUCUAGAACAAAACAGGAAUCGCUGAAAUUCUCGAAAUUUUGUCAGGAGCUACGGAGUCAACUGUCUUCAGUGAUUAGUAUCACAUUUGCCCCUCACUCACUUCACUAUCAAACCGACUUCAGUGAAAUCUUAAAACAUGUCGAUUUCAUGAGCGUUGACACAAAUAACUACUACGGUUCCUGGCACCAGAAGUUUCCUCGUCUCGUCGGGCCAUCUUCUCCGUUGUACUCUGGACAUCAACAUUUUGAAAACCAAAACGUGGAUUCUACAAUGAAAAAGUACAUUUGCUCAACAAAUAAACCGAAUCGAUUGAAUAUGAUGGUGGAAUUCACAGGAAGAUAUUGGUAUAAUGUGAUUGUACCCAGAAAUUUAAAAGAAACUAAUUGGCCUGUAGCAGAAACAAAAAAUGGAAAUAUUGAAGGAGGUGCAAUCCCAAGAAGAAAUUUCGAAGAUCUUGGAUGGAAUGUUUUUAAUACCUCGUGGAACGACGAAUCGAGAACCGCUUUUAUUUGGAAACCAGAUGAAAGAAGUUAUAUGACAUUUGAAAACGAGAAGAGUUUAGGAGAAAAGAUACGAUACGCGAUAGACAAUAAUAUCGGAGGAUUAGCGGUUUGGAGAUUCGAUCAUGAUGAUGACAAUAUGACAUUGUUGAAUCAAAAAAACAUGCUGAAACAAAAUGUGAUGUUCAUAGUGAGCAUGAGUAACACUAUGAGCUCUCUAUGGCCUCCUCCGAUCGAAAUGGGAAUUAUGGACGACGGAACUGUGCUCGCAGACAAACAGAAGCGCACUGAAAUUUUUGCAUCUCGAUGGAAAAUCUGCGGCGAUCUCAUUCGUUUAAUGCUGAAUCAAAUGUCCGGUUGCGGUGUCGACGUGGCAAUCGGAAAGAGCACUGAUCUCGGUGUAAGCAUGGCACGUGGCAAUUCAGAUGACAAACUUCAACCGAUUCUCAACGUCGUUGAGGCGAUUUCAAAGACAACAAAGGCGAACGAAGAAGCGAAUGCAGAGUAUGCGAUUCGGGAAAUUGUGAAAAUGAUAAAUAGUGAGACAAAAUCCGAAAAGAAGCAAGUGCAUUGGUUUGUAGAUGCGGAGAUGUUCAUUAACAUAGAUUUCGAUCUGUGCGAACGAAAAUACCCUCGAGACAUUGUCACUUUGUACGUUAUCGGGCAAUUAUCAACGCUCCACCGGGAAUUCGAAGCAGCGAAACAUGUGACUUCUCGACUCGUUUAUAACGGCGUUGACGUUCGAUUCUUAGUGUGUCGAUCCGAUUUGAAUGAGCUGAAAUUUCAAAUUCUCUCCGAGAAGCCAUACGAAAUGAGGGAAAAUUCGGCAAUAUUCAAGUUUGCGAAGGAUAAAUUUGAAAUUAAGCUAUUCCAAACGCACCCUGUUGAUAGGCCUGAUUGGGCGAUCAAAUCCCUACGAUUCCUCGGAUUUCUUCCAGAAAUUGAACUAUGUCGAGUUGGAUUCAGUGAACAGAAGAUCACACCAGAACGCCAAGUCCCAAUGACAACAGAGUCGGAAAAUGGAGAACGACUACUGGCGGUGAUUGGUGAUCAUAUGCUCAGCGAUCACAAGAAACCGCGAGUCGCACUUCUCAAAUGGCGAGGGGAAGAGAAGAAGACACGUGGCUAUUGUAUCAUGGUUGCUAGUGAAGAGAAAAAGACUGAAAUCUUGUUGUCGUUGAUUAAACUCGAUCGAUCGAAAUACAAAAGGUUGACGAGAUCGCUGGAGUUAGUUGAUGAAAUCGACGAAGCCGCUCCACCACUUCCCAAUUCCACCUAUAAACCAGUUGCUCCUCAAGAAUUGUGGGCGAUCAAAAGACGUUAUGCCGAAAUCGAGAAGAUGAAAUCGCCGGCAGCCAAACGACGAAAGCUUGAUACUUUCAGCAACGAAUACAAUUAUCUAGAGGCCAAGGACACAUUUCUGACAACUACUGCCACGUGGCGAAACCAAUCGAUGGGUAUUCGAGAGACGAAACGCGAUGGAAAUAAUAAUGUUGAUGAUUAA